GAGUGAAUGUUGAGAGCGUCGAGAUGGAGCCCAACUCACUCACGUGGGUCGGCUCACCUUGCGGUUUUCACGGACCUUACAUUUUCUACAAGGCUUUUAGGUUUGACAUUGAAGCCAAUCCUCGGACCCUGUCUCUGGGAGACUUUUUCCUAGUGAGGUGUAGACCCGGGGAACCGCUCUGCAUAGCGGAGCUACAGCUGUUAUGGGAAGAAAGAAGCAGAAAACAACUUUUAUCCAGCUCCAAACUCUAUUUUCUCCCCGAAGACACCCCUCAGGGACGGACUGUCAGUCACGGAGAGGAUGAGGUCCUGGCUGUGUCUGAGAAGGUGGUGGUGAAGUUACAGGACCUGGUCAGAUGGACUGUAUGGGACUCUUCAGGCUGGAGCAGGGGCCUGAAGGCUGCACCUCUAAAGCCCAGUGAGAUGCUCCAAGAGCUGGAGAAGAAUGGACAGAGAGACACCCCCGUCCUCCACCGGUACAGAGAGUCAACACUCAACAGAGGCCUCAACUUCAAAGACCUUUUAAAGGACAAGACUCAACUAGGUGAUGACGGGGACCAGAAGCGUGUGUCGGUGCUGUCUUACCCCCAGUAUUGUCGCUACCGUUCCCUAUUGGCCCGGCUGAAAGAAAGACCCGCCUCCCUCCUCACCUCACAGGUGGUUCUGGCCCUGGGGGGCGUGACCUCACUCACAGACCACACCCACAUCCUGUACUGCAGGGACACCUUUGAACACCCCACCCUCAUCGACAACGACAAUGUCUGUGAUGAGUUCGCUCCCAACCUGAAGGGCCGGCCUCGGAAAAAGAAGCUGUCCGUCUCGCAACGCUGCGACUCCCAGAAUACACCAGCAGGCAAGGAGACGUGCAACACAGAGGGCAAGGCCCCUGCCAAGGUGAAGCCUGAGUUCAAGGCAGUGCUGUCCAGGUGGCCUAAAGGAAUCAGUAGAGGCAGCAGCUGCUGUAAGAGGGUCUCCCCUAAAGGAGGAGGUGAGGAGUGUCCUCCUGAUGGACAGGCCUUCCUAGUAGCUCUGUAUAAAUACAUGAAGGAGAGGAGGACGCCCAUAGAGCGGAUCCCCUACCUGGGCUUCAAACAGAUAAACCUUUGGAGCAUGUUUCAAGCAGCAGAGACCCUUGGAGGAUAUGAGCUGAUCACAUCGCGCCGACAGUGGAAACAUGUUUAUGACGAGUUAGGAGGAAACCCAGGAAGCACCAGCGCUGCAACCUGCACCAGACGACACUAUGAAAGGCUUAUCCUGCCUUAUGAGAGGUUCACUAAAGGAGAGGAAGAUAAGCCCCUCCCCCUAUCCAAACCCCGUAAAGACCUCACCACCCAGCAGGAGGUCCCCAAGACCAAGGUUCCCACGGUGACGCGGUGCCCCAAAGAGGAGCAACACCCACAAAACCCCCAACCCCCCAGGACUGAACAGGACCCCUGUGCUAAAGGCCUGGAACUCUCACCAGAGUGUGAGGAGAAGGAAAGUAGUCCGGAGGAGGAGGGAGUCAAGGUGAAGCAGGAGGUGCCCCUGCCGGCUGGUGAGGUGAGCAGGAGCACCAGUGAAGAGGAGGAGGAGGAGCCAGUAGCGGUCUGCAUCAAGGAGAGGGUUCUACACCAAGGAGUUUCCUGGGAGAACAACGAGAAGCCACCUUCAGACACCACUACACUCCACUUCUUCCCUGUAGACACUCCCACUCCAAUAAACCACUCCCACCCUCAGGACCAAUGGCAAAAGGAGCUGCCUGACUAUGCCAACCCAUGUCCCCAGGCCAGGCUGGACCAGUCUGGGUUGACUGAGGAGCCCCAGGGCCCUAACCCUGGCAUGGUGGGCAUAGUGGAGGUGGUGCUCCCCAUUCGGCAGAGGUCCCUACAGUCCCCCAGGGCUCCAGAGGACACCACCGACAGAGCACAGCUCCCUGGCACCAACCAUCCAGGCACCAACCAUCCAGGCACCAACCAUCCUGGCACCAACCAUCCAGGCACCAACCAUCCAGGCACCAACCAUCCAGGCACCAACCAUCCUGGCACCAACCCUGGCACCAACUCUGGCACCAUGUCUGAUCUAGCCAAGAAGAAGCUGCUCUCUCAGGUCAAUGGAACCACCCCUGGGCCAUCUCUGCCCAAUCACUACGCCAUUGGCCCGCCCCCACUCAUCAACACAAGCCUGGCUAUUUGCAACGCAGAGGAGUCGGCCAGUCAGCCAAUAGCAGGCUGUCAGGGUUCCUGCAGCACAGGCACAGCUGUGGUCAAACGUCCGUCUGUCAUCCAGCAUGCCCAGAGCUUCAAGCCCCUGUUCUGCGAGACAGGGGACAGGAGGGAGGGGAGGGCCGACAGGAACAUGUAUAAACCAGGGGAACCCUGCUCUCCCUGUGACCUGACCCAGCACCACCCUAACUCUCCCUAUGACCUGACCCAGCCCCACCCUAACUCUCCCUAUGGCCUGACCCAGCCCCAUCCCCAGCCCCACCAGACGCCCCAACCUGGCCACAUUACCAGAUUCCUGCCUGACUUCUCUCCCCCCCUCCACUCCCAGAACCUCCACAGUUUGUACAACCAUACAGAGACACACGUCAGCCAGUUCAUCAGCAGCAGGGAGAGGGAGACCGCCUUACUCAGGGACUGUGAGGCAGCGCCUGGCCCGGGAGGGCCGCAGUUCCCCUCCUCUAAACACCCUGACACAAUGGGUCUGGGGGGCUACUGUGCCCGUAUAAACCUCCUGACCCCCAACCUGACCCCUCACACACUAAGAGACAUGACGUCUCUCGUACAGACAAGUUCAGAAGACCAACCCACAGACUUAAGUCUUCCCAAGUCCUCUCCUCACAAACCUACCCCCUCCACUGCCACCCCCUCCCUUCACAACAACCCCCACCCCCUCAUGCCCCUCCAGGAUACUGGGAGGUUCUGUAGAGUCCCCCCCAUGACCAUGUCCUCCAGCCCCAGACAUCCUGCAGACCCCCAGCCUAACCACAGGGGGAAGACCCUGAAUGGCCAGAGUGGAGGAUGGGAGGACCAGGGGCUGGGACACAAGAUGGAGGAGCUAAACAGACCCAUCCUAGGCACCAAGAAUACGUCCAGACCCCAGAACAACGUGUGCACGGCACGCCCACUGAAGAGGAGUCUGGAGGAGCGGGAGAACGGGGCCCCAGAGAGGAAGAUCAGAGCUGUCACUCCCAUGCACUCCUCCUCUUCCUCCUCAUCCUGUACAAUCAGGGACAGAGACAGGGAGGGCCACUCGGAGUGGAAGGUCAGGACCCCAGCGCUGGAGGGGGUGGUACCAGCCGACCCCCAGCCAGCCCCGGCCCACAGCCUCCACCUACACAUCAACUCCUUCGUGGAAGGACACAAGUUCCCCUUCCUCUCCUCCCCCCUGUUCCCCGGGGGCCUCUACCCAGAGGCCUUCAUUUCUCAGAUCCAGGAUAUGUGUGAGGGCCUGGGCCCCCACAGGCCCCUGGGGUACCACCCCCUACAGUACCUGAAGAACCAGGCCGGCCUCUCUCCUCUGGUCCCGCCCUUCGCUUUCCACUCCUUCAUGAUGCAAAGACAGGCUCACAGCCCCGCCCACAUGUACCGGCACCCUAUGGGAGCCUCGUAUGGGGAACUGUUGCAUCAUGGUCUACACCCCAUGUCUUCCAUGUCUGCCCUCAACACACAGCAACACCCAGACAUCAGCCCCUCACAGCUCUCCUCUGUCAAACCAAACACCAAACUAUCAUAACCCUAACCCUCCCUUCAGAGCCUCACAGCUCUCCUCUGUCCAACCCAACACCAAACUAUCAUAACCCUAACCCUCCCUUCAGAGCCUCACAGCUCUCCUCUGUCCACCCCAACACCAAACUAUCAUAAUCCUAACCCUCCCUUCAGAGCCUCACAGCUCUCCUCUGUCCACCCCAACACCAAACUAUCCUAACCCUAACCCUCCCUUCAGAGCCUCACAGCUCUCCUCUGUCCACCCCAACACCAAACUAUCAUAACCCUAACCCUCCCUUCAGAGCCUCACAGCUCUCCUCUGUCCACCCCAACACCAAACUAUCAUAACCCUAACCCUCCCUUCAGAGCCUCACAGCUCUCCUCUGUCCACCCCAACACCAAACUAUCAUAAC